UGAUAUUUGUAGAAUAUGUUUACAAAACGGUGCUAACACUUCAAUCUUUAAUAUUAAUGGCUCAGAACAAUUUUAUAUCCAAAUAAUGUCCUGUGCGCAAGUGGAGAUAACUAUAGAUGAUGGUUUACCUAAUGCAUUAUGUGAUAAUUGCAUAAUGAACUUAAAUACCUCAUAUAAUUUCAAACAUUUAUGUGAAUCAUCAGAUUUAAGAUUACGCAAUUUGUUAUCACAACAUUUAGAUAUAAAAGUAGUACCAGAAAUAAUCGAAGAUGAUCAAAGACUUGUUUUGAGCCAUUAUAUUAUGAAAGACGAUGACAGGUUACAACAGGAUUUAGAUUUUGAAGACAUCAAUGUGAUCAAAAUAAAUUAUUGCAAUGAAAAUGAUAUUAAUGAAAUUCAUGAUCAACCUCCUAUUGAAGUGCCAAAUGAAAAGCAAAAAAGUAAAAAACCUAGAAAAACCAUUAGACCUAGAAAAAAGAAAAUUAAAGUUAAAGAAAAGGCUCCAGACAAAGUCAUAUAUAGAUGUGAUAAAUGUAAAACAAAUUUUGAGGGACAAGACUUAUUAGAUGAACAUAGAAAAAUAUGCAAUGUUGAACCUGAGGUACUUGAGUGUAAAGUGUGCCAUAAAAUAUUUAAAGAUAAAUAUAUUUUAAAUAGACAUUCCAAACUUCAUAAUGAAGCUAAACCAGCAAAAUUAAAGCGCCACAUGUGUGACUUAUGUGGACAUACAUUUUAUGACCGCUAUGGACUCAACAUGCACAAACGUAGCCAUUUUGGACAUCGUCCAUUUGUGUGCCCCGUUUGUGGUCAUGGAUUCUCCCAACAAAGCAAUAUGGAGCGUCAUGUUAAAGCCAAACACGAAAAAGUUAAACCAUUCCAAUGUAGCAUUUGCUUUAAAGUUUUUGCUUAUUCAUAUGUUCUAACUGAACAUCAUAAAGUACACACGGGAGAAAAGGAUUUUGAGUGUGGUGUUUGUGGUAGAAAAUUUGCAAAAAAGUUUGCUUUGAAUCGCCAUAUGGUUACUCAUACUUUAGAAAGACCAUUUAAAUGCAAAUUAUGUGAAAAAUCUUAUACUCAAUCAAAUGACCUGAAAGCACAUGUCAGGCGCACGCAUGAGAAAGAAGUGCCAAAUAUACAAAUGGAAUCAAUAGACAUCCAGGCCCAUAUAAAUUCAUACCCAUUUAUGGAAUGUAAUGCAAUAAUUGAAGAAAAGGAGAUUGUACAUUACCAGACUGCUCUUGAUAAUGGUUGUCUGAAUGAAAUAAAUAUAGAAAAUUAAAUUUAUUUAUGAUUGUCAGGCGCACGCAUGAGAAAGAAGUGCCAAAUAUACAAAUGGAAUCAAUAGACAUCCAGGCCCAUAUGAAUUCAUACCCAUUUAUGGAAUGUAAUGCAAUAAUUGAAGAAAAGGAGAUUGUACAUUACCAGACUGCUCUUGAUAAUGGUUGUCUGAAUGAAAUAAAUAUAAAAAAUUAGAUUUAUUUAUGAUUAGAGAAUAAGAAAAUUGAAUGUUUUAUAUAUUAUGAAAUUAUUCCAAUCGUUUUAUCUUAGUACAAAGUUAUCAUUUUAUAAGAUAACUGAAAAAGGA